CCCAUUCCUCCGAUCUCCUCCUUCCCUCUGAAAAAUUUCAUCAAAGUUUCAAUAUUUUUCACAAACCAUGAUGGUUUUCUGUAAAAAGAGCGUGAAUUCCUUUCUAGGUACUCCCGGAGUUCCUUCGGAACCUAUAAAGUCACAGUCUAGCAAAUGCGGGCUGGGGUUAAUCACCAGCGACGCUCAGCGCCUGCCUAAUGUUAUUGAAUCCUCUGUUCUAAAGCCUGCUGCUCUUUCUCCACCGUUGCCGCUGCUGGCGGUGCCGGAGAAGAAGGACCCUGGUGGAAUUGGGUUUAUUGAUGAGGUCGGUGGUGGGGUUGAUGGGUUGAUGUCGUGCACGGAGAGUUUGGGGUUUGAGAGCUCUGACGAGAGGAGGUUUGAUGAUGGGAUGGGUUUUUGUGAGUCGAAAGCUGCGUCGACGAGUGGUGCCAGUACGGCGAGGCGGACGAAGAGUGGGUCUGAACGUUGGAGGGAGAGGAAGAAGAAAUUCCCACCGCCCCUCUCGUCGUUGAAUCAGAACGGACAGCCUAGUUUUUAUCUCCGGCCGGUAAGGAAAGAUGGGAGAUUGGAACUCACCGAGAUCCGGAUAGACCGGCCAGAAACCCUCCGCGCCCACCGUGAAGGCGGCCGCCUAACAUUGCAACUCGUGAGAAACGACCAUUAUUUCCUUCCCAUUGACGAAGAGCAAGAAUUAGAAGAAAAUAAAGAAUUGAAAUUUCAAUUACAGGAAGAAAAUGAGGAAAUAGAAGGAACGGGAGACAAUGGAAUCGGAGAGAAUUGGGGUUUUCGGGUGACUGGAGAGGGGUUGAGGAGGUGUCACGAGCUGCUAAUGAGUCAGCACAACCACCAUCACCACCCCAACAACCUCCACGUGUGGCGGCAGCACUGCGUUCCGACAAGUUAAAUGAUUAUUAAUUAGUAGCUGGAAUAACUACGUGGAGUUAUAAAAUGGAACUAAAAAUAGACCAAAGGGAGUUCAUCUGUCUGGCACUGUUUGUUUCUCGGGAAAUGUUUUUCAUUGUUGUUAUUUUUUUUCAGAAACAGCGAAUCAAAGCUGGAUAUAUGUGUCUUCAUCAAAACGUGGAAAAGAAAAAGCUUGAUGUGUCUUAACCCGAAUUUGGGUGGUGAAAAAGGCUUGUCUGGAUAAGGGAAUAAAAAUUGGGAAAGAAAUAUCUGUUUUGACAGCGUCAUCAGCGCUCAGCAGGGCAGAAAGAGAAGAAAGAUUUUAGUUUCAUUUUUACCAAAUUUAGAAGUUUUAGUUUUGACUCUCCUUUUUUUUUUUUAGUUGUCCUCAUAUUUUGGAAGAUUAUCGUCUUGAGUUACGAAUAAUGAAAAAAAAAUGUGUCCAAAAAAAAAAGGGGGGCAAGCUAGACUCUAUGUUUGGUUCAAGAAACUAGGUCCUAGUCUUUUUAUUGUCAUUUGAGAGUAAAAACCUUAAUGGGCCACAUUUGCUACCCUUGUAGGUAAAACAUGUUUGGUGUUUAUGGACGAGGCCGUUUGCAGUUCCAAAAGAGUGAAUCAACUAGAUAAUAAAUGGAAUUUCAGUUU